UUUGCGCGCGCUGCUGGUCUCAUUUGGAGCAGCAGCUCGAGACCACUGAACCUCAAACAUGAGCAGAGCAAAGAAAACCCUCCAACCGACGCAAAGGUCGUGACCUCACUCCGUCUUAUACUGUUCUUCCUCCUCCUCUUCCUCCUCCUCAUCAUCAUCAUCAUCAACCGCAGACUGGCUCCGCGCGCGCUGCUCAUCUGGACAGCUGUGGCAGGAAUGAUGCUCGCGCUCACCUUCACCUGCCGCGCGCUGCUGCUCUUCCUGGUCUCGGAGUCUGUUGAGACGGUUCAGACCGACAGGACAGCGCCCUUCCUCAUCACAGAGAACAUGUGGCCUCGGGGUUGUGUCCUGGACUGCCACAGGGGGCGCCACAGAGCUGUGUGUGGGAGCAACGGCAGGCUGUAUAAAUCUCUGUGCUCCUUCCAGAGAGCUCAGUGCAUCAACACACAGCUCCGCCUCGCUCCACGCACACACUGCUCAGACUCGGGUCAGACCAAAUGCCAGCUGGCCCGGGUCCAGGCUCUGGAGGCCAGCUCCCGCAGCGGCGGCCGUCACGUUAGCCCAGCAGCAGCCAUCUUUAUUCCAGAGUGCCACCCUGACGGCCACUUCCUGCCUGUUCAGUGUCACAACCAGACCGGGUACUGCUGGUGCUCCACGGCCGACGGCAAGCCUGUGAGCGGGACCUCAGUCCUCCAUGUGAUCCCCAACUGCACCGAUCACUUGACCACGUUAGCUCAGAGCGUGGAUGCAGCUUCAGCUCCGAUAAAAGAUGACGGCGAUGAACCCGAGCCAACUUCAGUUCCCAGAAAGUCUGCAGAGCUGACAGCUCCUCCGUUCUGGGUCACCAUCCUGAUGAACUCUGACUCCAAAGCUAACCGCUCGGCCCGACGACCCACAGACAGUCCUCAGACGUGUGAGCGCGAGCGGGAGGCGUUGCUCUCUCAGGUGCGUUCAGUCUGGCAGGACGAAGAGCGCUUCAUCCCAGAAUGCACUGCAGACGGACGCUACAGCCCGGCGCAGUGUCAUGCAGCCACAGGCUACUGCUGGUGUGUGAGGGUGGACAGCGGCAGGCCGCUGCCGGGAACCUCUGCAAGGAAUCGUAUCCCAGACUGCACUGGGGCAGAGGAGACUUCAACAGAAAGGAGGAUCAGGGAGAAACCUCUGCCAGGAUGUCCUGGAGCUCGUAAGAAGCAGUUCCUGCAGAGUCUGGUCAGAGCUCUGCAGCUGGAAGCAGUGCAUGCUGGAAGUCUGAGUCCAAACAGAGCCUCAAACAGCUCUUCAUCCUUCAACACUCCCGUCGCUACCACUCCCUCCUCCUCCUCCUGGACUCAGGACAUUGUGUCUCCUGCUGCUCCGGGGACAGGACAGUACUCCAGACCAGAGGAGGCCCUGCGGUGGCAUUUCAGUCAUCUGGAUCUGGACUCCAGCGGGGUGCUGAGUGAACGCGAGGCUCGACCUCUCCGUCAGUUCCUGCGACGAAGGCUGAAGCCGCGACGGUGCGCCAAGAAGUUCUCUCAGUACUGCGACCGAGACGGAGACCGAGGCCUGACGCUGGAGGAGCUGAGGGUCUGCCUGAGCCUCUGAGGGGGGGGGGUCAGAACCAGAAAGCGACAAGACAAAUCACCUGGUGACCGGGGUCAGCUCUUUCUCCUCCACAUCACUGUCACCUCUCGAGAGUCUGAUUACUCAUCCGUUAAAUCACAGACUGUUCACCGCUCA